GCUUCUACUCUUCACAUACACAGUAAAAUAUAUCUUUAGUGACAGACAAUUAUAUUAUAUACUUGUCAUGGGGAGGGGAAGCAGCAGCGGAGUUAUCUCAACGGUAACAAUUCUGAGCACCAUCCUCGCGAAUCUAGUGCUCUCUGCUACCACCGUAACGGCGUUCUCCUUCUGGCCGCACCACUAUGUACACGUCACCAACCAGCUCACCGGCGGGAAGGUGUUGCUUGUCCACUGCAAGUCCGGCAGCGGCGAUCUCGGGGUCCAGGCCAUCAACCCUGCCAACGAGUUCAACUGGCGGUUCAGGCCGUGGAAUCUCUACGUGUCGACUUUGUAUUGGUGCUACAUAGCCCCCGACGACAACCACCACAUCUAUUUCGAUGCAUGGACGGAAGAUGUCGCCGGAAAGUACGAGUUCGAUUACAACAUGUACUGGGUCGUUAAAGACGACGGACUCUAUGUGAGAGUUCCAACCCGCGGCGAUCUGUCUGUGAAAAAAUGGGAUCAGGGGAGGAUGGAAGAACAAGAGAAACCUAAUUCUUGACUCUUUUUUAUUUAAUCAUUAAUCAAAGGGAAAUGAUAAAUCCCAUGUUGAUUUCUCAAAUAAUUGUUUCUGAACUGUCGAGAUCCAAAUUGUAACAGUUUGUGAAUCAUAAGCAAUUGGCUAGUUUAUUCUUAUUUGUUUUCUGGCGAGAAGACUUAGUGUGAGCAUAAUUGAAUUUACAUCUUGACUUUUAAAUUUAGAUGAGUUGACCUAAUAAGGGAAAAGGAUGGAGGGACAUGCUUGAUAUUGUGAAAAAUUGGGAGAGUGGGAAGGAACCAACGUACUAAGGUUGUCGCAACCGUCCCUCGAAUUGGGGGUAACGUGUAGUGUUCACUACGGAGUCUCCUUCGAUCUUACUUGGAGUAGAUAGAACACUCUUCGCUUUGCUUUAACUUUCGGAGUUCAAGUCAUGUCAUGGUCUGCGGAUUAGAAAUCUAAGUUCGGGAAUCCGAUUACGUGUGGGAAAUUUUAGCACACCCUACGACGCUCUGAUUCGGUACUACUUAAAUUGAUAAGUUUAUAUGAGUAGGUGUAUUUUUAAGGAUAAAUACAAUAUAUUAGCCACAACUUUUAAGCAUCGGGAAAUUAUAGCCGCAACUAUCGAAAUAUAAAUUAUUAGUCAAACAUGGACUCUCUGUUAGCAAUUCCGUUAGUAAUGCUGAGCUCGCUCCCACAUGGCAGCCACCAUAUCAUAUUAAAAUUUUAAUUUUAAA